AGAAACUCAGGUGCAGUGGAUCGACAACCCAUUGCAAACACAACCUUCACAGGUGCCUGAGAGUCAUACUGGAGACUUAGAGAUCUAUGAGGAUGUGGGUGCCUUUAUUUGCAGAAAAGCCAGAAAAGAGGAGGCAGGAAGCGGUGUCAGGCGGUCCGAUGGUCUGGAAUGGCAGCAAAGGAGUGAGUUCAAGAGUCAAGCCGAAAGUCAGAAGCCAGGAAAUCCAGAAUUGAGAGCAGGAUGCCAAAAGCCAAGGGUCAGAGACAAGAAGCAUG